UUUGCUGAGAGGUCUGUUCCUGCUUCGUGGGCGCUGUUAUGGCGCAGUGGUAGUGUCGGUACUUCUGGACCGGGAUGACUGGGUUCAGGUUCCCCACCCUGCUCCAGACGUUUGUAAAAACAUCUCCCGAUUAGCACAAAUUGGUUCGUGUGGCGCCACCGAACCAGACAAGUGAGAGACAGAACUGAUGAAGCCCAGCAAAGCAUCUCAGUCAACCUAAGAAGUGACAUUAGAAGGUGCACACAGUGUUUGUAGACUAAAAACUUCUAAUCCCAGUAUGAUGUGCCCAUGAGAUGAGCUUCUAUUGUCCAAUCAGCCUAAAUGGAAUUGGAAGUAAUGUCAAAAGACGGGCUGGUUCCUUCAUGUUCCAGUAGGUUGACUCCACCUUGAUACUAGGUGCAGUUAUGGCAGAGGAUUGUGAUCACGUUCCAUCUCUUGAUGAUUUGUUUAACAUUUUGUCUGAAGUCGCUGAGCAAAGGUUGUUCAGCCUAUGGUAUAAGUUUAAUCCUGACAACUCAAGAACUUCAAAUGUUCAUCAACUCCUUUACAGCAUCGUAUCAUUCUUCUUGAAAAAGAAAGAUGAGGCCGAGAGAGCAGCGUUGUUAGUGUUAAAUGAAUUGCCAAAGAAUAGAUCUGCUUUGUGCAUUCUGAAUAAAAUUCGAGGUUCUGAAGGUGAUGCAGAGCGAGAACAGAAAACAGCUGAAAUAUCGAAUGAAGAGUUUUCUGCAGAAGAUGGUAAUGUCCUCAGAGACCUGGCUUUGAUGCUUGGAAUGCUCGUGGAAGAAAAUUUGUGCAACCCUUCCAUGAGGAACCGAGCAUGUCAAGCUGCCAUCAAAGCAUUCAAGUCCAACAAUCAAGAGCACAAAAUAGAUCUUCAGGAAGUUAUUGAGGAAUUUAGGUUGCAGUUUGGUCCUAUAACAUUUGAAGAUGAGGAGAAUGCUGAAGUAUCAGCUCUGAAGUCAACUGAAGAACAAAUUCCAAGUAUGAAAUCAACCAUUACAAGCAGGACCAAUCCAAUAACUGUCCCUAGUAAACCAGCAACUGACUCACUGAACAGUUCAGGAAUUACAAUACCCACUCAUUUUGAAAUCAGCACAUCUCCCCCUGCAUCAUUCAUUUCCAAUUCACAUAGGGACAACUUAAACUCCCCAAUAGCAAACACUGAAGAAAACAGUGUUAACCCUGAUCAUUCUACCAAAAUACCAUUGAAUCUGACUUCUUACAAAUCUUUGGAAGAGGUGAAGGUGACCGAUGGCAUUGGAGUUAAAUGUGGAAAACAGAAGAAUGUUCUUUCGAAUUGUCCAACUAGAGGUUCUUCACACACACAAGUGAAUGAAGUGAAACCAACAGAAUGUACAGGAGAAACAAACAGUGGCCAGCGAGUUAGUUCAAAGUCAAAAAUGUCAGAGGACUGGGGGACAGGGAAUGAAGAACACACCAAUUCCAUUUCACAUGAUCCUUCACCGGAAGCAACCAAGCUGCUAACAAGUGACCAGUUGAACUCCUCUGAAACCAUGUCUAGAAAAUUCAGCCUUUCAGCACCUCCUCAUCUGUCAGAUGAGGAAAUCUUUGAGAACAAAUUUUACUCUUUUGUUGUCUUGCAUGCCCGAGAAGAUGCAGAAAUGGCAGAAAGUGUUCAAUUGAGACUAGAAUCAUUAAUAAAAAUGGAGGGGGCAACGUUUUCUGAGGAAUUUUCUCUUCCAGGACAAUGUCCAAUAAAGUGUAUUGAAGAUGCAGUUAACAACUCUGCGUUCACAAUCCUUCUCCUUACACACAAUUUUAACAGUCACUGGGAAGAGUAUGAAACCAAUAGUGUUCUGAUGCAUUCAAUCAGAAAUGAGCACAAGUACAACACAGUCAUUCCGUUGCUACCGAAGAAGAAUCGAAUGUGUAAAAACAACAUCCCUUUUGCAUUGACUGCUAUUAAUAGUCUCGAUGAGAAUUCGAGACACUUUGAAAGACAUAUAAGAAAGACAUUUACUUGGGAUGUACUUGAGAGGCAUAAAAAAAGUUGGCUUCAGGAGCAAAGACAUAAACAGAUAGAAGAAAAAACAGCACAGGCCAAAAAAGACUAUCAAAAUGCCAUGAAAGCCCUAUCAGCUGACAGGAAUUAUAUGCAGAUUUGUAGUCAACUCGCACAGAGUUAUCAACACUUCCAAGCAAUGUAUCCACCCCAUCCUGGACUUGCUGCAGUUAAUGGACAUGCACAACCUGUGCUAAAUCCACCACCUUAUCCCAACCUCCCUGUAUUUCCUGGGUUUAAUCUUCCUUUAUCAUGUUUACCGAACCAGCCAAAUUUCAACCCGCAGCAUGCCAUCUACCACAUCAUGCAACCACCCUUUCAGGUCAUUAAUCCUAGCAAUAGCCAAGGAGGUCAAAAUCUAACUGUCAGUAGUUCCACACAACAGCAAAGUCAAGGCACUAACAUAAUCCAGAUUCAGCAUGCCAAAAAUGUACAGAUAGGGGACUCCAACCAGAUGACAAUAACAGAUUUGACUGAGAGCUGUGAAAUCACAGAUGAUGAUGAGGAGGGAGAUAGUGAGCACGAUUAGAUGUCUUGCAAGUUAUUUUCAUUGAUUGAGAAAUCAAAGGUCAGUUGGAUUGUGGAUUCUUUUAAAUGUAUUAUCUGAAAUUAAACUCAGUGUAACCGCUCGACAUGGUGGCUCUGUGGUUAGCACUGCUGCCUCAAAGUGCCAGGGCUUGGGGUUCUAGUUUGCAAGUUCUCCCCAUGUCUGUGUAGGUUUCUGCCAGGUGCUCAGAUUUCCUCCCAGGGUCCAGGGAUGUGCAGCUUAGAUGGAUUAGCCGUGGUAAAUGCGGGGUCACAGGGAUGGGUAGGGGCUUGGUCUGGGUGGGAUGCUGUUUGGAGGGUUAGUGCAGACUUGAUGCGCAAAAGGGAUUCUAUGACUCUAAAUGUAAAGUGUAUAAUUUUCUUUACCUUCUGCUGUACAGAAAUAUUCUGCUUUGCCAGCAGGCAGAUCAGGUUUUAUUAUAUGGUGUACUUUGCCACUCUGAGCUCAGUUCUAUGAUUACUGCAAGGCUUUGACAGGGAAGCUGGAAUUAGAUAUGAGUUGCUGCAGGAUAGUUGCUCCUGAUUGCAACCCAGUGGCUCUACUUCGAUACACGUUAACCAGACACAGACAGUGUGGUGCUGCUCCUUGCUACAACACCACUGUCAAACACUCGAUGAAAUAGAAUUAUCAUUUGAUCUUUGGGAAGGGGAAAAUUACUGUCCAGCAGCAUUGAGAGUUAGUAGUAUACAGUAAUGAUGACUGAGUGCCUCAGUGGAAUAGUAGCUGCUGAAAGAACUAAUAACAAUGUGAGGAAAACUUCUUGUUGCACAGCCACUAGUUAAUAUCUGAAUUGCAUUGUUGAGAGGGUUGUUGUGCACUAGUUGAACUGAAGGGUCUGUUUCCAUGCUGUACGACUUAACGAGAAUGUGGUAGAGACAGGUCAGUCGUAGAUUUCAAAAAUAUUGGAUAAUUAUCUGAAAAGAUUUGUAGGGCUACACGGAAAGGGCAGGAGAGUGGAACUAGCUGAGUUGCUUAAGAGUUGGCAUGGACAAGACAGACCAAAUGGCUGCCUUUUUUGCUGUAACCAUUCUAUAAUUACAACUGUGUUUACAUUUAAUGAGUACUUCAUUAGCUGCAAGGUGCUUUGCAAUGUCUGCUGGUCAUGAGAAGUGCUCUAUAAAUGUAACUCUCCCCUUUUUCUUUUCUGCUACUUCUGGGACAGAUGUGAAAAGUGUGAAAGACUGAAGGUCAGACAGAGGGAUCUGUGUGAGUGAGAAUGUGCGGAAAGCUUAUGGGAAUGAGUUCCUGGGGAUGAAUGAGGAAGGGUGAAGAGAAGCGUGGGGAAGGGGGGGGACUGAGCAUUUCAUUCUGGGUAUUGUGGAGAACCUUACCAGUUUUAUCUGGUUUCCUUGUGAUAGCUAUAGUAGCUUUGUUUGAUUCCUAAAAUUGAACUACUUAAAAUGAUUAACACAAUCCUUUUCGUGGUUUUUUCUUCUCACUUAAUGCACGGUCAUCAUUAUUAUUGUGCAUUAAUGCUUGUUUCAAGCCAAAUAAGUGCAUUGUAAAGUUGGUGGAGCUGGCAUUGUUGAUUGUUGACACAAGUUAGCUGACUUUGACUUUCGAUUGUUCCAAAAGUUUUACAGUGAAGUAUUGGUUAAUGGUAUUGCCUGAUGUUGAUACUGAGUUAUGCCUGGCACGAAUCUUAGCUUUGCCUUUUCCCUAUGCCUUCCGGAAGGUGGAGGCAACUCCCUUAUAGAGGCACAUUUCAAGGUCACUGUUCAUUUUUCCCAAGCAGCAAGUCUCUCCGACAGUGAUGAACAUUACACCUGAUCUCAUUCCCAUGUGGCCUCCUGUCUGCAUAGGAGAGUGAAAACCGGGGAGUGAAAGUUGUUGGUUUUGUGUACGAAGGUCAAAGGAUCAAAUUGGAAGAAAAGUUGUCCCUUCUGGCAAUUAGAAUUCAAGUCUUGUUUACAGCAAAAAAAACUGCAGAGGUACAUGCAACCUGCAACAUAUAGUUGAUCCCUUAAUGCUGAAAUUACCCUUCUUGGGGAGCAGAUGAAAUGAACCCAGGCACUGAUUAGGAAUGCUUGGAGAAAAGUUUAGAAUUGAAUACCCUGUCAGAAUCUGUAAAAUAUUAUCUGAACGAGGCAAAUAUCUUGGGGUUCUGUUGAUGAUCAAUCAGCUAGUCCUGAUUUAUUUAUUAGAUUUGGGAGUAGCAAGCAGGGAUUCUUUCCACACAGCACUAAAUAAUCCUGCAAGCCAAUGCCCAAGUUUGCAAGAUAGUCCUAGCCAGACAAGCUGUGGACAGACUAUUGGUAUUGAGUCUUUUUUAAACUCCAGCAGUGGCGAUUUGCACCUUAAUUCUUUGGGUUUAGUUUGAGAAAGCACUGUAAUCUUGCACGCAGUGCGCACACACUGGAUUAGGCAAUCAGCUGUGUUAAUGUGUUUUCAGUAAUAUGGACACUGAAUGAUGGAUUUCUUCUAUCCUGAUUCCUAAAUAAUACUUUUUUAAGAAAAAUUGAAAUUCCUGGUUACAAAUGGUGAAAACACUUUUAAAUUGUUUGAGGGACAAAUUUAUAGAACACAGGUUGCUUCUCAAAUUUUAUUGUCAAUUUUGACAAUUAAAGAACAAAAUUUAAUUGUCCAGACCAACUAUUAAAAUGCCACUGUAACUCCUGCUGCCAAUUGGAUGUGCAGCAAGUUGUGUUUGUGCAUUCAACCCACACUGCAGUUGGCAUUUGCGCGUCUAUUCCUGAUGCCAUUUUUGUGAAGCUGCCUGCUUAUGUCACCACUGAAUGAAUGUUGGUGCUGUCAUUGACAAUUUGAUUUAGUAAAGGUAGAGAAAUGGCUACACUGUUAAAGAGAUCAACUGCCCCAUUCCUCUCAUAAUACCAAUUAACCUGCCACAAUCUGUAAUAAAUAAGACCAUUAAAAAUGAACAAUGUACAAGUUUAUUUAUAUGCUCAUUUUUACCUAGUUAUUUGAGACAUUGUCCAGGGAAGCCCUGAAAAUGUAGCUUUAGUUGGAUGAUGGUCACACUCUUAACCCCAGUGGUGUUGUUUCAAAUCCUACAUGAGAAAAUAAAUCUGUGUUUUAUCCAAA